AUGUACCUACUGGUUGAAUUUUUGGAUGAGGGAACCACAAGCCCAGUGGCAGCAGAGUGGUACCGUGAGGGCAUGUCAUGGUGGCCUCCAUACACAGAAAAAAGCAAACUUCUGAAAAGUAUUCGAGCCAACGAGGUCCCAGAUGUCAACAGAGGGUGGACACAGCACCAAGCUCGGAUCCUUUAUCGUUCAGAUUCUUUGGACAAGGUUGUCCACAAAUGGAGAACAUCCUGCGAGACAUCAGAUCUAAAUUCAGAUAAUGAAUCCUCACGAAAACCCAAACCUAAAAGGCCAUUCGAAAUGCCAGACCAUUCUCCCAAAAAGAAACGGCCCCUCAUUAGCCCUCAGAGGGAGAAUCUUCCGAUGAAAAGGAAAAAAGUACCAUCUCUACCACCACCACCACCACCACCACCACCACCACCGCUGCCACCAGUCCAUCAACUAAACGUUUCAAAAAAACAAAAUCACGGAACUAACAGAAGCAUGCCAGCAAUGCAACCUGAAAUAAUAUCUGGAAGGCCCAUUACACAAGCGAGCACAACCAUGUCACAGGCUGAGAGCUUCCAUACAGAUGAUAUCCCAGGGUACUGGCCAGAUGAGCCCUCAGAACCAAGACAACAAGUGAUGUCAAAGGUCCAGUCCUACCAGGGAAGCAUUCAGGCUGCUUGGCUGGAUGAAACAACACAGCACAUGAUGUCACACAGCCAAUUUCUCCAUCAAGUCCCGCUAUCAACCUUCACAGAACAAAGAAAGGUUUCUUUACAGUCAUCUACUGAAGACAAUCAAAGUGCCGGAUUGGAAAAACACCACUGUGACAAUCAGUCAGCAGGACAAACUAAUGCACCUAGAAUCCGUCUGUCCACAGGCCGACUAGUACCAGGUCAAUGCACACCUGAGCGGGCCAUCUUAGAUAUGCUGGGGGAACUGCAGGUCCAGGUCCAGCAUCUAACUGCAGUUGUUACCCAGAGAGCACCUUUUUGGGGGAACAACAGCCUGGGACAGACUCCACUGGCACCAGUAGAUGCAGGGGAGGAUGACGGACUCCCGCUGGAAAGCAUCCAGGCCUUGAAAGACAUGGAAAUCCACCUUCAAAACAUGAGCUUCAGGCAAAGAAUGGUGUCAAAACUGUCACUGGCUGGAGGGCAAACGCUUAAAAAAACUGUCUGGCGGAUUUGUGGGAAGGUGUUCGCUCCUCAGCUAGCUGUGCAGCUGAACUGGUGUGGCAGAGGAGAGAAAACGGCAAUAAAAAAUACACAUCUGAAAGACACCAUCGUCUUGUCAGCAAUGAGAAACCCGCUGCUCUCCACCCCAACCGAGGCCGAAGCAGAAAAGAUAAUUAAAGAGUGGCUUCGACUGUCCGGCGACAGGCUCCAAAAAAGGCGCAGAUAGUUUU